UCCUCACUCUUCUCUCUCUCUCACACACACACACGCGGGCACACACAUACACACACAUACCCACGGCAGACACGCACGCAUCCGAGCGUCGAAAGGGAAGCUGCGUUUCGCCAUCUCGGCCCGCCACUAGUCCGCUCUCCGUUUCCCAGCAGCGCGGGAAAGCGGAGGCCGGAGCCGUGACCUCUGACCCCGUGGUUAUGCGGAGCCGCCGCAUUCCUUAGCCAUCGCGGGGCUGCCGCUGCCACCGUGGGCGACUGACGCAGCGCGGGCGCGUGGAGCCGCCGCCCCCCCCAGCGCCACCCUCGCGCCCGGUCUCGCGCCAGCCAGUGCCGGUGCGCCCGCCUCCGGCCGCACCCGAGUCCUCGCACGCGCCGCCGCCACGCGCCCCCUGCCGCUGCCGCCUCCACCCCAGCCCCGCGCCGCCACCGCCCCAGCCCGCCCCGCCCGAAGGACCCGCGUGGAGCCGCCACCGCCGCCGCGGAGGAGGAUGAAGGACAAACAGAAGAAGAAGAAGGAGCGCACGUGGGCCGAGGCCGCGCGCCUGGUGUUAGAAAACUACUCGGAUGCUCCAAUGACACCAAAACAAAUUCUGCAGGUCAUAGAGGCAGAAGGACUAAAGGAAAUGAGAAGUGGGACAUCCCCUCUCGCGUGCCUCAAUGCCAUGCUACAUUCCAACUCAAGAGGAGGAGAAGGGCUAUUUUAUAAACUACCUGGCCGGAUUAGUCUUUUCACACUUAAGGUAAAAUUAGUUUUCAGUGCAAUGGUCCUCAAAGCUUUGUGCAUAAAACCUGGUGGGUUUGGAAUGAUGCUGCUGGAUUGAUGGUCUUUCCUAAUACGCAGUCAGAUAACACUAAUGUUUGGUCCUUAACGGUGCUCUGAGAUGCUGUAGUCUUAUAGACUACUAGGAGUUACUAAGUUAUAUAUAUCACCUGCGUUUCUGUGUUCAGCUUUGCUUAGUAGAUUCUAUGCAGUUGAAAUGUGUGUGUAGUGAUAAUUACAGAUGUGCCUUAGUAAGGUUUUUGUUUGUAAUAAUACUGUCAGGGAUAAAAUUACUGUGCAACUAACGUACCUGCUCUGUGGAAAGGAACCAAAAUGUGCGUAUCAGAAUAUACUAAAACACUAGUUAUAAAGGAGUAGUUCAUAAUAAGCCUUAUUUGCUGAAAUAAAUAAUUAUUUUCUACCAUUUCUGAUAUAUUUGGCUGUCAUUUAGAUCACAGUCUGAAAACUCUUAUAUGAAUGGCUGAUACAAAUAAUUGAGAUUUUGUUGACCUAGUGGCUCUGUCAAAACAGCCAUCUCUCAUCUCACAUGCACAUGCACACUUUUUCUAAGAAGAGGUGUAAUGUAUAGUAAUUUUUAUUGCUUUGUCUUCUAUUUCAUAGACUAGUCUUGUUUUAGAGACUUACUUUCUUUGUAGUAUAGUCUGGCUUUGAACUCUUUUGAUUGCUCAAAGUGGCCUAAAACAUGUGAUUCUUCUGCUUUUGUCAUACAAGUACUGGGAUUACAUGGGGUUGUCACCACGCCUGGCUUUACAAUGUUGCAAAUAUGGAAAAACAAAGAAAG